GGGCACACGCGAUAGGGCGGAGUGGGGGCGGCGCAGAGGCCGCCAAGCUGGGGGGCUCUUCGGGAGGGCGCGGCCGCGGGCAGGAGGGCGUGUCUCCAGCCCGAGGGGACCCUCCCGAGGCGCGGCGCGGGACUCCCCGAUGGUGGUGCCGCGGCUCCGGGAGAGCUCAGGGUCUCGCCUUCGCCGUUGCCGCCGUCGCCGCCGCCGCGGGCGCCGCCGCCGCCGCCGCCGCCGCCGCCCGAACCCGCGCCGAGCGUGCGCCUCGCCCUCCUCCCGCGCCCGCUCUGCUCUAGGAUGCUGCGGCAGGUUCUGCACAGGGGCUUGAGGACGUGUUUCUCCCGGCUUGGCCACUUCAUUGCCAGUCACCCUGUCUUCUUCGCCUCGGCGCCGGUGCUCAUCUCCAUCCUGCUCGGCGCCAGCUUCAGCCGCUACCAGGUCGAGGAGAGCGUGGAGCACCUGCUGGCGCCCCAGCACAGCCUGGCCAAGAUCGAGCGCAACCUCGUCAACAGCCUCUUCCCGGUCAACCGCUCCAAGCACCGUCUCUACUCGGACCUGCAGACCCCUGGGCGCUACGGCCGGGUCAUCGUCACCUCCUUCCAAAAAGCCAACAUGCUGGACCAGCACCACACCGACCUGAUCUUAAAGUUGCAUGCUGCUGUGACCAAGAUCCAGGUUCCAAGGCCUGGUUUUAAUUACACGUUUGCCCAUAUAUGUAUCCUGAAUAAUGAUAAGACUUGCAUCGUGGAUGACAUAGUGCACGUCCUGGAAGAGCUAAAGAAUGCUCGGGCCACCAAUCGGACCAAUUUUGCUAUCACAUACCCAAUCACUCACUUAAAGGACGGGAGGGCUGUGUACAAUGGGCACCAGCUUGGGGGCGUCACUGUGCACAGCAAAGACCGGGUGAAAUCUGCAGAGGCCAUCCAGCUUACCUACUACCUGCAGUCAAUCAACAGUCUCAAUGACAUGGUGGCUGAGAGGUGGGAGUCCAGCUUCUGCGACACUGUCAGACUGUUUCAGAAAUCCAACAGCAAAGUCAGAAUGUACCCUUACACGUCCUCCUCACUGAGGGAAGAUUUCCAGAAGACCAGUCGCGUGUCAGAACGUUACCUGGUCACCAGCCUGAUCCUGGUGGUCACCAUGGCCAUCCUUUGCUGCUCUAUGCAGGACUGCGUCCGCAGCAAACCCUGGCUAGGCCUACUCGGAUUGGUGACCAUAAGCCUGGCCACUCUCACUGCAGCCGGGAUCAUCAAUCUUACUGGUGGGAAAUACAAUUCUACCUUCCUGGGAGUCCCUUUCAUCAUGCUAGGUCAUGGAUUAUAUGGGACUUUUGAAAUGUUAUCCUCCUGGAGGAAAACUAGAGAAGACCAACAUGUUAAAGAGAGAACUGCGGCAGUCUAUGCAGACUCCAUGCUCUCCUUUUCUCUCACCACUGCCAUGUACCUGGUCACCUUUGGCAUAGGGGCCAGCCCUUUCACGAACAUUGAGGCAGCCAGGAUUUUCUGCUGCAAUUCCUGUAUUGCAAUCUUCUUCAACUACCUCUAUGUACUCUCGUUUUAUGGUUCCAGCCUAGUGUUCACUGGCUACAUAGAAAACAAUUACCAGCAUAGUAUCUUCUGCAGGAAAGUCCCAAAGCCUGAGGCAUUGCAGGAGAAGCCGGCAUGGUACAGGUUUCUCCUGACGGCCAGAUUCAGUGAGGAUACAAGUGAAGGCGAGGAAGCGAACACUUACGAGAGUCACCUAUUGGUAUGUUUCCUCAAACGCUAUUACUGUGACUGGAUAACCAACACCUAUGUCAAGCCUUUUGUAGUUCUCUUUUACCUUAUUUAUAUUUCCUUUGCCUUAAUGGGCUAUCUGCAGGUCAGUGAAGGGUCAGACCUUAGUAACAUCGUAGCAACCGCGACACAAACCAUUGAGUACACUACUGCCCAGCAAAAGUACUUUAGCAACUACAGUCCUGUGAUUGGGUUUUACAUUUAUGAGUCUAUAGAAUACUGGAACACUAGUGUCCAAGAAGAUGUUCUAGAAUACACCAAGGGGUUUGUGCGUAUAUCCUGGUUUGAGAGCUAUUUAAAUUAUCUUCGGAAACUCAAUGUAUCCACUGGCUUGCCUAAGAAAAAUUUCACAGACAUGUUGAGGAAUUCCUUUCUGAAAGCCCCUCAAUUUUCACAUUUUCAAGAGGACAUCAUCUUCUCUAAAAAAUACAAUGAUGAGGUCGACGUAGUGGCCUCCAGAAUGUUUUUGGUGGCCAAGACCAUGGAAACAAAUAGAGAAGAACUCUAUGAUCUCUUGGAAACCCUGAGGAGACUUUCUGUCACCUCCAAGGUGAAGUUCAUCGUCUUCAAUCCGUCCUUUGUGUACAUGGAUCGAUAUGCCUCCUCUCUGGGAGCCCCCCUGCACAACUCCUGCAUCAGUGCUUUGUUCCUGCUAUUCUUCUCGGCAUUCCUGGUGGCAGAUUCACUGAUUAAUAUCUGGAUCACUCUAACAGUUGUGUCUGUGGAGUUUGGAGUGAUAGGUUUCAUGACAUUAUGGAAAGUAGAACUGGACUGCAUUUCUGUGCUAUGCUUAAUUUAUGGAAUUAAUUACACAAUUGACAAUUGUGCUCCACUGUUAUCCACCUUUGUUCUUGGCAAGGAUUUUACAAGAACUAAAUGGGUAAAAAAUGCCCUGGAAGUGCAUGGGGUAGCUAUUUUACAGAGUUACCUCUGCUAUAUUGUUGGUCUGAUUCCUCUUGCAGCUGUGCCUUCAAAUCUGACCUGUACACUGUUCAGGUGCUUGUUUUUAAUAGCAUUUGUCACCUUCUUUCACUGCUUUGCCAUUUUACCUGUGAUACUGACUUUCCUGCCACCUUCUAAGAAAAAAAGGAAAGAGAAGAAAAAUCCUGAAAACCGAGAGGAAAUUGAGUGUGUAGAAAUGGUGGAUAUUGAUAGUACCCGUGUGGUUGACCAAAUUACAACAGUGUGAUAAUGUCCACUUGGUAUAUUUUCACCUUAGGUCUUAUCAAGAGCAAAGAGAUUAUGUUAAUGAAAUAAUUAAAUUCAAAGUUGUUCCCUUUUUUAAAGAUAAGAAACAGGCAUUGACAAAAAAAAGUAAAGGGCAGUGGGAGGAGAUGGGCAUGGUAUAUUUUCAGUCUUUAAAACAAUAGAGUUGUUAUGAGAGUACACACACACACACACACACACACACACACACAGUCUCUUAAACUAGGAUCAAAUAGAAGGAAGCUUAUUAACAAGCAGGAUCCUAUCUUAUCCAAACUGCAGAUGUUGCUGGCAUUGUGACAAACCCCACUGAUUGAAAGGUCAACUGCUAAAGCAGAAAUAGCUUUAAGCAUUGUUCAAACAGUAAGGCUUCCAGAACUUCUGUAGAGCAGUAGCUCUAGUCGUGGUCUAUGGUUUGAGGUUUUAGCCGUCUCACCUAGCUCCCUAACACCCAAGGAGAUGCUUGUGAAAGUUCUGACUAGCAAAACCAAGUCAGAGCCUUGGAAACUGAAAUGUGGUAGAAUGGCCAUCACUCGUAGACUAAAAUUGAUUCACUCCUAAAUUCACCCAGGUGAGGCUGUUUUGUUGUCUAGAAUGAAAUUCCCAUAUUCCUCCAUUGAUAUGCUUUUAACAUUUGUAUAGUUUGGUUUGGUUAAAACACCUUAAAACCAAUGACAACUCCAGCAUUGCAGAAUUGGUGUGAUUCUAUUUUGGAAUAGCUUGUCACUUGUCACCAAAUAGGUCUGCUUUAUUAGUUACAGCUCUUGGCAGAAGGAUCCAGGGACCCAAAACCAGAGAGCCAAACCCAAAUACCUGGCAUGACGGAGCAAAAGCAGGUGUCUACUUGGACCCAGAUAUAGUGUCUCCAUUUGAACAACAACAACAAAAUAGCCAGCUGGUACAGCUGUUUGUGGUUGGCCUUACAUGGAUUUUUUUGAAUGGAUACCCAGAAACAUCUGCCCACACAUAACUGAGGGGAAAAAAAAUGAACACUGAAAUAGUUAUUUGCUGUUGCUUCCAACUUGUAGUGCCAGUCUGCCUUUGGUAUGAAACAUGCCUGCUCAGAGACAGAGGGGAGAAGAAGAUCUUUGGUAAGUCUAAGUCCUAACACUGAGUUUGUAAAAGUGCAGGGAGAUAAAGGGCCAAAAGGGGGAUAGGUGGAAAAGACUGGAAAAAGUCAUCACUAAUAUAAAUCUAUCAAUGAUGGCAGUCCAAUUUUCUUGCUAAACUGGCUGCACAUCACCUUGCUGGUCCCCUCACAUACCUUUUUUGAUGCCCUUCUACUUCUUCAUAGCAAGGCCCUUCUGUACAUUAGCAAGCCUAGAUAUUUAUACUUUCGACUUUGACUAUCUACAGAAGAGUGGUUCAGCUAAACGGAAAUGGUUUAGAUUUUAAAAGGCUGUAUACAUUGCCCAGGCCCCUGCAUUUCUUUAAAUUUAUAAAAAUGAAGCUAAAACCUGGUUACAUUUGAAGCAAAUAUCUACAGUAUUUUUCCCUUUUAGAGAUGUAGCUUAUUUAGACAUCUAUAGUAGUAAGCAUUUCCCAAAAGCAUUUUACCUUUCUGAACCUUAACAGACAUACUGUGCAACUUACCCAUCCUCUGCAGAGGAGGAAACUGAGACCUAGGAGAAUAAGGUGACUCACUCAGGUCACACCACUAAAGGAUUUUCAUCAUUUCAGCAUACCUAAGACAGGGCAGGCCAAUUUUCAGUUUUCUCAUAAGACGGCUAUUACUCCUCUCAAAAUGCAUUUCCAAGGAAGGAACAUACAACUUUAUUGGCCACAGGGCAGACGUUUUUAUAGUGUCUGUGAUUAAAAUGUUUGAGGUUUAGGUUUGCCAUUGUCUUUCCACAACAGCAAAAAAGCCCAAAUAAUUCAGAUGUAACCACACUAAGUGCAAACCUGUGCUUUCGAUUUCACAUACUAUUGUCCAUACAGUUCUAAAUCCAUGUGCAGGGGAUCACAGCUAGUGCAUUACACACUUGGUCAGUCUCCCCUGCAGACACACUAAGCGAUAAUACCAAUGUGUUAUGCACUCAACUAGAAGAUAAUAAGCUUUAAUCUGAGGACAAAUACAGUCCUCACAAAAGGGCAAGUUUGCAUAACAGAUCUUCAAUCAAGUCUCUCUCCAAGGGGCCUGCAAGUAGGCUAUUAUUUAUAAAACACAACUGAAGAGGGGAUUGGUCUUAUUCUUAAAUCAUAUGUUGCUAAAUCAUUUUCUGAACAGUGUGUUCUAAAUCAGUCAUUGAUUUAGUGUCAGUCACGUGGAGUACCUCGGCUUAAAGCGACUCCACAAAACUGACACAACACACUUACCAAUUAAAUGUAUUUUGUUGAGAAUUUAAUCAUUCAAUCUGGUCAACCAGAAUGACUUACUGUGGAACUUUGUUUUAUGAGAGAGAGUUUUCUAACUUGAUUGAGUCUCUGUAUACCUUGGGAUAUCAUAUUUUUUAAUGAAGGGCCUUUUCAAAUUUGUCAACUUCUCUUUUCAGCCCUUGAAAUGAAGGCUUAUGGAAUUCCGACUGUGAAAUGAAUUUUUCUAUUGGGAGAUUAUGCAUGCCAAAAUUUAUUAUUUAUUGUUAGAUAAUUAUUUAUUUGUUAAUAUUGAUUAUUGAUUAUUGCUCUGUCACAUUGGUUUAGCCCCACUGUGCAGAAGACACUUUAGAAGUAACUCAGACUCCCAUCUCCAUAAAGUCUAAGUUUUUACUUCAUCAAGUUUUACUUUUUGAAUUGCUAUAAAGAGGGAAAAAGUAAUCCCUGCAAACACUUAAAGAAGCUGUGUUUUUUCUUUCAGUUAAUUCCAACCAAGACGUUAACGUCCACUUUACCAAAGAAACUUAUUUGGUUGGUUUUGAAUUGGUGUUUGUUGUUUGUUUACCAAAGAAAUUAUUCCAUUUAUCAAAAUAUUUCUCCUGGUCAACUAAACAACUGUGAUACCGGGUCUUUUUUGGCCAUUCAUAAGGAAAAUUUUUAGAAGUCAGGAUAAGGGUGAUAUUCUCUCAUUUAGUGAAACUCAGAAGAAGAUGUAAAUUCACAAGGAAUGUGGUGUUUGCAAAAAAGAAAAUGAAACCUGAAAUAGGACGUUAUUGUUUAGUCCUACAGCAGCAUUCACACAGGUGGCAUCAGGGUUCCUCAGGUUAAAAGAAGUAGUUUGUUCCAGAGAUAAAGGAAGACAAACCCUCACGAAAUGUUUCUCCAUUGUUCCAGCUCAUAAGUUUUGCUUCAUUUUGGGUUUUGGAGUUUUUAGUUUCUUUGGUGUUUGUUUUGCUUUUAUUUGGUUUGUGGUUUUUGUUUGCUUGUGUUUGCUUCUGCCUUUCCAACCACUUUUACUCCCUCAGUUUUCAGUGAGAAGUGAGAUAAUCAGAUGCCACCCUCCAUAGCCACACUUAUUUAUGCAGUAUACUGCUCCAAAUGAGGGCCUUGGUAACCCUUAUGACCCUUUUCUUUAAAGUACCCACCACCCAUUUGUAAGUGGCAUUCUGGGACUAUGACACCACUUUUCUCCAGUGCCAAUGACAGAGCUCAGCUGUGUCCAUCACAAGAACAAGUGGAAUGGGCAGGUGCCUUGGGGGUGUGGCAUGAGGCAGAGCCUUCUGGACACAAAUGUUAUCUUCCUCAUAAUGACUUUAAUCUUUUGGAUCGUAUUUAAGUACCCCUGUAGCUUUAUAGUAGCAUAUGAUCUCUGUGACUCUGUUUUCUCAUCUGUAAAAUGGGGAGAAUAUCAGUAAAUUUCUUUAAAUUCAGCAUAUAAUUAUUGAGUGCCAAAUAUUGCCCAGAUACUGUUCUAGAGACUGGGGGCACAACAGUCAACAAAUCAUAUUUUUAAAAAUCUGUUCUUGUAGAGCCUACCUUUGAGUGACAUUGCCGGUAUAUUGUGGGGAUUGAGUGAGAUGAGAGAUGACAUUUGGAAAGCACUCUUGGAAAGGCCUGGCAAAGAAAAGAGACUCAAAACAUUGUUUAUAAAUUGUCAAUCUCGCACAGUAGCACUAGGACUCAGGAUGUAAAGCUACUGAGAAAUAGAUUGGAGCCUGAGAUUAGGGCUACAAAUGCAAUGAGUCGUCACAGAAGGUAGUUAAUUGCCAGUCAUUUUAGGACAUUCAAAAUUAAGCUGAUCACCACUUAGUGGGGCCACUGUAAAGAGAGUGCAAGCCCUGGAUGUUGGUGUCAUACUACCAUCUUUGAAAAAAAUGGAUACAGGCACUUGUAUUUGAGGAUGGAAAAGGGAUUAUUGAAUAACUAUGCCUGGCUUGUCCAAGGGAAUGCAAACAUUCCCUGUAGGUAAUUUGCUUUAAUUUUGUGUUAAAAGCACCAGGUAUUAAAAGACAUAAAGUUCCUAUUUUUUAAAAGCAUAGUAAAGCUGCAAUACAAAGGAAAAUAUUAAGUUAGUGGAUUUGCUGGCAAAGAACUAAGAAUGGCUGCAGCCAACACAUUGCAGAGUUCCUCCCUGUGGUGGUUACAACUGUUUAUUUCUGUUUCAUGCCAGUCUAGGAGAAAGCAAAGAGGAAAGUGGAUGAGCUAUAAUCAGUUCACCUGAAUACGCAGUGCCAGGAUGUCCCUCCCAGUUUGCCUCUCACCUGCCCUGCUUCUGCCCAGGUGAUUUGUUUGAAAUCCUCUUUGAUAUCUAUGAGAGUACCGUGGAAGGAAGAAGUGAGGCAACCAGAGAGCUAUGGCCUCUGUGCAGAUUUUUGAGUUAGAUUAAAAUUAGCACCACCUGAUUAGAGCCUGUCUGGUCAGGAAAGCAGCCUUCUUUUCAAAGUACAAAGAAAGCAAUGCGUACCAAGGAGGCAACCAACAGAGAAACCUUAGUGAAAGAAGUGACGUUCCUGUGGAAUGUGCCAGCAGCUUCUCCCUCCAGAAUGCUGACACCGGAUGAAUCUUUGGUUAGAAUUAAGCCUACCCCUUUUUUUUUUCACAUGAGAAAACAGAAGCUGGAGAAUGAAAUUAUGUUCACAAAGCUAAUUAGAGACAGAUAUGACACUAUAAUUGAAAUCUACUUCUUAGCCUUAAUUCUUUCUCCAUUCUGCCACUUUCCUGCCAAAUUCUAUUUAUCUAAAUUGUGGAGGUCUUAACCUGGGGGCCAUGAAUGAGUUCAUGGGAGGGGUCUCUGAGCUCCCUAAAAUUAAAUUAUAUGCAAAAAUGUGUGUAUAUGUUCAACAUGUGCAUUUUCCUAAAAGAGAGGGCUCAUAGUUGUCAUCAGAUUGCAAAAGAGGUCUGUGACCCAAAAAGGGUGAAGAACCACUGUCCUCAAUUAAUAAAGUCCUCUUUGGGAGUGUGAUCCUGGUGUCCUUGUUUUGGCUAAUGAGCAAUCAAAAACUUUUGAACUAUCUUUUCUCUAAGGAACCAAAAAUGCUUCCAAAGUUUGGUUUCUUCAUGCCAAGCCAAGUGCCUACUUCUAUUCAUUUAUUCUUCAUUCAUUCUUUCAUUCAUUUAUUCUGAAGACAUAUUUUCAGUGCCAAUUCAUGUUCUUGCACCAGCUAAAUAUGCCCUCCACAGUAGGACAAGGAAAGGAGCCCUCUGUACUGUGCUCUUGUUGGCAAGAGGAAUACCAGGUUGCUACCACAUUCUCACUGUUGCAACAAAAUAUAUAUAGCCUCAGAAUUUCAGUAACCAUCCCACACACACAUACACACAUAAAAGCGGCAGCCAACAAAGCCAACAUAUAGAAGUGUGCCCUGUCAAAGAACCAGGGAAGAGCAGCCUAUUUCCAGGUUAUAUAUAGUUAUAUGCUGCUGUGCAACUUUCACAUCCUUGGAAGGGCUGCUCCCAAAUGAGCCCUACUCUGAGAUGUCUAUACCAGGCAUACUUUCACACAUGUGCAGUAGCCUACUCUCAAACAAAUAUGGAGAGAAUAAGUUUCAUUCAUCUUGAUAAUAUUUGUAGUGGGCAAAGAAGAAACCAUGGCCAUGGACAGAUGGGUGCAUUUAAGGACAGGUAUGGCUGGGUGUGGUGGCUCACACCUGUAAUCCCAGCACUUUGGGAGGCCAAGGCAAGUGGAUCGCAAGAUCAAGAGAUCAAGACUAUCUUGGCCAGCAUGGUGAAACCCUGUCUCUACUAAAAAUACAAAAAAAUUAGCUGGGCAUGGUGGUAGCUACUCAGGAGGCUGAGGCAGAAGAAUCGCUUGAACCCAGUAGGCUGAGGUUGCAGUGAGCCGAGAUCGCACCACUGCACUCCAGCCUGGUGACAGAGCAAGACUCCAUCUCAAAAAAAAAAAAAAGGACAGUUGUGUCUUAUACACAGAUAUGCAGAAGCCCAGUUCUCUUGUUUCCUAUUCAGAAGCUAGAUAAAAUGCAGGUUGCUGAAGGAAGUUGGAAAAUAAAUGACUGUACUGUACUUGUUGGCUCUGCUGCUUCUGGUAUAACUUCAGGCACAAUGGAAUCCACCUGGGUUGACCUAAGGGAAAGGCUGAGUGAAUCCCUACUUGGCCUUGUUUGAAGGACCAAGGAGGCACCAAUAGCUGAUCAGUGCCCCUUCCAUCAUCCUCUGCCCAGCCAUGAUAAGGAAAGCCUUCUGUUGAGAUGGAAGAAUAUUAGUUCAACUUUGUAGCAUCUGAUGUGAAGUUUGAGGGCUUUGUUCUUUGGGAUCUACAAAGUGCUUUGUCUAAUUCCUGCAAAGUGGCAAAGACCCAACCCAUUUCCAUUACUCAUUCCAGGUUCAUGCUUAGGAAAACUGGUAACAUUCUCUUCAGCAAAACAAUUUUCUUAAUGAUUCCUUAACAUUUUCCUAGGAUGAAUCUUGAACAUGUUUAGCUCAGCCUUUCAGAUAUUUAUUCUUUAAAUUACCAUCCUGUCAAAAUUGCCUUUGCCCACUGAUCCAGAAUCACCAAGGCAGUUGUCAUGAUAUCUCCCAGGACUGUGGGUGACUGGGCAAACUGGUAGUGACCCAUUGGCUCUGCUUCACACACAUACACACACUGGCACAUAUAUGCACACAUGCACAUAUUUGUGCACAACACAACUAUAACACAUAGAAACAUAUACAUAUGCACAUGUUUACAUACACACAUAUCACAAAUGCGCAUAUACACAUACACAUGCACACCACCUUUUACAAAACACCUUACACAUUUGAGGCACAUUGAAAUGCCUUGGCAAGCCCAACCCUAUGGUUCUUUAAGGUUUGGCAGGCCAAGGGCUUCAGAUGUCUGCAGGAUACCAUUGAAAAAAUGUUAUCUUCCCCUUCUAUAUGUUUCUUGUGCAUGAGCAUAGCUAAGAGCAGGCAAACUAUCCUUUAACGAAAAGAAACCUGGAAACGUGAAUGUGCCUUGCAAUUUAAAAAUUGCUAACAGUUUCAUAGUGGGAAAACUGCAUUUGUUAGAAUUUUCCAAGUCAUAAGCAAAAAGAAUAGCAUAGACCCAAAACCACAGAGAUCUCUCCCAAGGUCUGGAAUUGUGGGAAUUUAUUUAGAAUAUUUGCUUGGUGAUCCAGAGAAAGGGGAAAGAAGUGGGGAAGAAGGACAUAUGGGGUGGUCCCACCAUCUUGCCAACUCCUCAUCUUAGGAAGAAGUGGGCAGUUUCCAUUUAUCCCUAGCAUCAGUUUGAUGGGAAAACUGGUGAAUUUCAUCCACCUCAAGGAAAGGAAGUGCCAUGCAUGGAAGCCUGGUGAUAGGCAACAUCCAUUUAGGAAAAAAGUCACACAAGCAACAGAAGAACUACCCAAGACUAGAAGCUUAUACCAGUCUCUCUCUCUCUCUCUCUCUCUCUCUCUCUCUCUCUCUCUCUCUCUCUCUCUCUCUCUCUCUCUCACACACACACACACACACACACACACACACACACAGUAGUUGGGAGUAGACAUUAAGAGGAACCCUAAUACAGUUCCCCCCAAAAAAUCUUGGCAUACACUAUAACAGGGAAAAAAUAAUUAUUGAGAAGCUGAAAACAACCAAAUCUGUGAGGAAUGACUGAAUAUAUGAGCUGAGAAUAAUGUACGUUUUUCUGGAUUCUCUAUAAGAUAAAGAUAUAGAGCCUGAAUCUAUGCUUUUCUAAAUAAAGGAACCUCCACAUUUUCUUUUGAAUUUUUGAUCUAUAAUUCCUCUUCAGCAACUUAGAAUACACUCAAGUUCUUUUCCUAUUGCCUACAAUCCCAUAAUACAAGCACCCACUAUUUGUUAUGGCUUAUACCUGGGCUUAGAACCCAUGAGCAGAAUUAUUGAAUUAUUGAAUGCUAGGCCCAAACAAAAGAAAUUUCAGCUCGGUUUUAGUAAUUUCUUGAUCAAACUUCUCUCAUUUCUGUAAAUGUGCAAAUAUUUCAAACUUGUAAAAAGUAUGUCUACAAAGCCAAUGCUCUUAGUAUUUUUAACAUCAAAGAUAACUUCUGCCAAUAAUUAUUAAUGACAAAGCAGUCAUUAUUGUUUGAUGUUCCUUUAACAGUCCAAUUGUAGUAGGUGAGAAAACAAAAAAAAGAAGAAAAGCUAUGUUGAAUAUUUAGUAAUGUUGGAAAAGAUCCUCACCCUAGACAUAAAUUAGUUUAAACAUUUAAACAUGGCCCCUCUCUUAUUGUCAUUGCUAGUGAAAGAAGUUCCUGAAAUUACAUAUUAUUUUGUAAAGUUUUGGGCUAAAUCACAAUAAAUUUUUAUGUUGCUUCCAUGGAAA